UCUACACUCAAGCUUUGUGUCAAAGUCAAACAGGAAAGAUUUGGGGUAGCUCGAACCGAACUGAGGAAUGAUAGUGCGUGUUCGAGCACAAAACUAUUGCGAGCGUAGUUUGGGAGGUUGUUGUGCCGUUUCCGUUUCAGCGCGGCUAAAUUCCCGGUUUCCUAAAAAAAUAGGUCUAGCGCACAUAAGUUCCAUAAGUUUUGGUCGUUAAUGAUCGGACGGGCGAACACCGCGGUUGAAUUCGAUUCGAUUUAGUUUGCAUUUGGGCAAGUUGAGUGAAUCUUGGUGAUCUUUCUGAAUUUCUCGCGCGGAGAAAUAGUCUCGUCUCAAGGACUGCAUUAAAAUGUCGGCGAUUUGAAUGGCGAAAGUGUUUCAUUGAUCGGCGAAUGCCAGUUGUUCGAAAUGCCUGCGGGGGGUCGAAAUUGAUAGUCAAACUAAGAGGCAAUGUUUUGGGACCUUUCCUGGGUACAGAAUCCGAGAACUAACUGAAUGGACAAGAAGUGCAGCGACACUGACCGCAACGUCCGCCCGGUUGGAUCGUUUUCCGCGACGGGAUCUACUUACUUUGUCCGUCUUUUCGCGAGUUGCAUGUUGUUAUUCAUGGCAGCUGUCUGACGGAAAUUCCCCACGAUUUUGACGCUGUCUGAAGGGUUUCGUGCGAGGACUCGGCCGUUCUUGUUUAUUUUCUAGCAGCAAUUGCAGGUGCUGCCUUCGACCUGGAAGUAUAUUCUGAAAGGCAAACGUUGUAUUUCUCCAGGCCAGAAUUGACGUGCGGGCUUUGUACUAUAUUUUCGCGGUUUAUUUUCUGUGCGACGGAAAGGCGCCUUGUCCCUUCGAAUUGUUGUGCAGUUUGUGAAAGUGUAUAUUUUGAAGGUCUCCUAUUUUGGGAAAAUUUUGGUGCAGUGGAGAAAAGAGAAAUCGUCAACAGCCUUGGCGGCCACAUUAUAAGGAGCAAGUUGCAAAGUGAAAAAUAUUUACAAAUUUUUCUGAUUAGACGGUGCGCGGCAAUUCUGCGCGAAAAGUAUCGUUUCCGUACUCGUUCCUAAUUUCGUACUUGUGCGAGCACUCUUCAGGGGAUUUCCGAACGUGACAUUUGUUUCUUCAAGGAUCCAUUUAUCGCCGAAGGCCGGGAGUUGAUUGAAGCCGAAUUUCCAAUUUGGAUUAGUUUCUAGGAUUACCAAACGGUACUAGAUCUCAAAAACCAUAAUAAAUUGGAUGCGCUAUCCUGUUGGAUCCUCAAUAAAUGAAUAUUGAGGAAGAACCAAUACACGGCACUUAUGAGAUCUCUUUAGUUAAUACGAUUUAAACAAGAUUUUCGACAGAAUACGAGAGUUGAUAAAAUGGAACAUCGAUUUUCCAAGCAAUAUCAAUAGCCAAAGUCUUUUGCGCGAAUUAGGUCUGCCGAAACGAUUUUUUACACAAUUGGGAGCUCUAGUAUAUAAAGAUAUAAAGGUGGCCGGGGACCGGUGUUAAGAUCUAGCGACCGUCGCCGCCCACAGAGCAUUUCAUCCACGUCACCGUUAUCACCACGUGUGGUGCUAUCCCGUUUGGAGCCUCGAGAUUUUGAACGUCUUCGUCUUUCGUACAAAGUAACGAUAUUGGACCAAAGACGAACGCGCAGCAGCCGUGGCAUGAACAUGGGACAAAAAAAUAGCGGCGGAGUUAAAUCAGUCAGCCGAGAUGCUCCGGCUCCAUUCAAACCAGUCAUCCCCCGUGAAUUGGCUGCCGACUUCACAAGGCCGGCCCGCCUAGAAAUCCUUCUGGAUAUGCCGCCUGUGUCUCGCGAUGUACAAGUGAAGUACUCAUGGAAUUCAGAAGACAGAUCGCUCAAUAUAUUCGUGAAAGAAGAUGACAAACUCACAUUUCAUAGACAUCCUGUUGCACAAAGCACCGAUUGUAUACGAGGUAAAUUCGGCUUCACCAAAGGGCUGCACGUGUGGGAAGUUUACUGGCCCACGCGACAAAGGGGGACACAUGCUGUCGUGGGAGUAGCUACAAUAGAAGCACCUCUUCAUUCCGUAGGUUAUCAAAGUCUAGUUGGUUCAACAGAUCAAAGUUGGGGAUGGGAUCUGGGAAGGAAUAAAUUGUAUCAUGAUUCAAAGAACUGUGCUGGAGUCACGUACCCUGCUAUUCUGAAACAGGAUGAAGCAUUUCUGGUGCCCGACAAAUUCCUGGUCGCUCUCGAUAUGGACGAGGGCACUCUUAGUUUUAUAGUAGAUGGCCAGUAUUUGGGAGUAGCGUUUCGAGGACUGAAAGGAAAGAAACUGUAUCCGAUUGUUUCGGCUGUAUGGGGUCACUGCGAGAUAACGAUGAAAUAUAUUGGAGGUCUUGACCCUGAACCCCUACCACUUAUGGAUCUCUGCCGGCGUGUUAUACGUCAAAAAAUAGGACGACAUCGAUUAGAAGAUCGUAUCCAAGACUUACAUCUGCCUCAUUCAAUGAAAACAUAUUUACUUUAUAGAGAUCGUAGAUAAUAAUAUCUCAAUUAGCAACCUAAGGAACAUUUCUCAAUCUUCCAUUUAUAUAAAUAUGAAGUAAAGUAAUUGUAACGAUAGAAACGAUUCAACCAUGCGUCGUUGAAAUAUGCAAACUAUCUAUAGAUACAAAUGACAGAUUUUAUUCCAACUCAAUAACUAAAAUUGGAGAAUCACUGGAUAAAGCUUUACGGGGAAAAUUAAUCUCAUUUCUCGAAGGCUUUCUAAUGUCCGGCGAUCGUUCAAUUCAUCUCGAUAAACGCAAGAAUCUCAUUAACCUCUCGGCAAAGAUAGAACUCGAUAAAUUUGACGAAUGGAUUUAACCAAUACCAGUUCUCGAAUGUAACUUGUAAAAAUAGAAAAGAAACAGAACAUACAGUACGUGACAAUUUUCGACAGAUACUUCAUUGAACAAUUUGCAUGAAAAGAUCAGAAUCGACCGUUUGUUUGCUAUAUUUGAUUCAUUUUGAAAAUGAGAUAUUGAAAUGAAGGCUUUCCGUUUCAGUCCUUUCGCACAAGUAGGUCCUCACUACGUUUACUACUACACUGUGUUCUUCCAGAAACCAAAUUUGUUUAAGUGAAAAUUAGAAUACUUGAAGAAAGUAGUUUAAAAUUGAUGCUGAGAGUCACAGAAUAUUUGUGCAAGCCACGGACUGAACUGAAUCUCGAUAAAGACGAAAAACCUUCGUGUGAUUUUAUAUUAUACAAAUAAUAUUUUCGGUAAAGUUCAUUAAAAUGUAAUUAAAUUAUGUGAGAUAAUAUUAAUUUCUUAUAAUUUCAAUUUAUCCUAAAAUUAAUAUUGAUUUAGUGUAAAAUGAUAAAAUGAAGGCCAAUACAAUAACGAGUUGAAUCACAAAUAGUAUAAUUUCAUAAAUCUAUGAAAUGUGCUCUGAUUACUUUGUAAAAAACUCAGAAAUGAAUAACACUUAGAAAAGAGAAGAAACCUUGUGUCGGGAAUUAAGCAAAUAUCUUAAUUUAGCGAAUUGAUGACGACAAACUUUCAGAAAGAAAAUGGAAUAAAUCGUGACGAGUAAUUAAUUAAGUAAAAAGAAAUACAAUAGCAACUAAACACAACUUACGCCUAAGUUAGAAGGAAGUCGUACGACCGAAUAACGAACAUUAGUUUUACAUAUUUUCCUUUGUUUUUACGAGUAUGCAAGUAUGAAAGAGUGGCCGAGUUAGUGCUGAAUAUUACUGUGAAUCUGUGAGCGAAUGGGUGCGCGCGCGAAAGAGGAUUUAGCAUGUAAAGUCAUAAAACUGAGAAAAAAAAACAAAAUAUUAACAAAAAGUUAUUCUAAUACUGAAAACGAGGAAAAAAA